CUGAUUUUUAGCUGAUGUUUCAAAGCACAACGUCAUGUGUUUGGCUACAGUUUUUUUAAAGACUGUUUUAGGUUGAUAUAAUCUAAUUUUAAAGUUUGCUUCUCAGUUGCGUGUUUUAUCUACUGCCUGUUACUUCGACACACUUAAAAGUCUUGAAAAGGAAGACGUUUUGGGUUGUUUUUUAAAAAAAUGACUGAAAGUGAAAUGGACGUUGCAGAAUCUGCUAAAGCAUGGACCACCGCAAACCUCCUGAAGCUUGUUGGCCGUAUUAGGAGCAACACCCCAGAAAGUGAGAAAACGACGAAUUAUCAGAGUGGACUAUUGUCUGUAAACUGGGAUAAAACAGCAUUCCCUCCCUAUUCUGCAAAGGAAUGCCAUGACAAGUGGCAAAAGGUGAUGAAAAAGAUGCGCAAAGUUCGGAGCCUGCCGGACCUCAUUGCCGAAGCUGAAGAGGUCGUUUCCAAGCCUCUCCUUCACAGAAGGACCCACCCAGACUUCCCAAAGUACCCUUGUAGUGCAAGAAUAGACUACAUGAAGAAGAACUUUUCCAGGUUAAAAAAGAAGCACCCACGGCUGACGAUGACAGAGAUUGUGGUGAAGGCACUCAAGAAGUACAAUGAGCUUCCAGAUGAAAAGAAGGAUGAAUAUGAGAAGAGGCACGCCCUUGAACGUGCGAAGUAUUGGAGAAAGUUCGACAACUUUUGUAAAAACAACAAUCUGCAUUGUACUCGAAGAGCUAGAAAGGCAAAACUCGCUGCAAUUGAAGGCCUGCCUGUGAAGCCACCCAGAGGUGGUCUGUCUCUGUUCAUCAAGGAGCAUGCUGCAGAAAAACCUUCAUUGGGUUUGGAUUUCUUUAGUGAUAUGAAGAAACGCUGGAGAAAACUGGAUGCAACAGAGAAGCAUGAGUAUUACACACGCUGUCUAAAGAUGAGGCAUGAGUAUAAUGCCAAGCUGAAGGAAUAUUUGGAUCGCUUUGAUGAGACAGAGAAGCAGCUAUUCAUUAAAGAACAAGAAAUCAGAUUCAUGAAGGCGAAGCCUUUGUCUGUGCAGAGGAUGUCACCCCGUGAGCCCAAGAUGCCCAGCCAAACUCUACUCACAUACUUUGCCAGAGAUAAGAUGAUGUCUUUAGCCAGAUCUAAGAAACGUUGGCACAAACUCUCUGUGAAGGAGAAGGAACGUUACAAAGAACAGAUGCAUUCAAACAUGGAGCAAUACUCAGAAAACCUGCAAAAGUGGUUCGAGAAGCUGACCCCAGAAGAGCAAACGAAAUAUUUGAAACAAAAACCCAGCAAAUUGCGGUUCCUCGAUGGCAAAAAUAAACAGGUGUACGACAGAGAAGAGCUACAUCUGAGUCAGCCUUCAGACUCAGAGGACGAAGAGAUCAUAGAGAUCAGCAGUGAAGAGGAUAUUUGGAGCAGUUAUGAGGGUGAGAGUGGAGAGGACUGGGACAUGUUUGAGAGGCAUCGCUGAUGGACAGAAUCAGAACCUUCACACUCCCUGUAAAGUUACAUCAUUUGUGUGGCAGAGAUACUUCUCAAUAAUGUUUACUUGUGCAGUUAUUAUAGCUACUUCAAGAAUAUUUUCAUAGUUUUAGAGUGAGUUCCUGGGAGUAACCGUGUUACCAGUUUGGUUCACCAUUUUCUAAAUAUUGACUGUCAAGAAAGAAGAUUACAGUAGAACAGAAACGGUCAUUUUCUCGUUCACGCCAAGAUAAUUUUACAUUUUUCCAAGUGCUUUUUUUAGUUCAUUCGCCUCUUGGUUAGAAAGAUUUAAACUGUUUAAAAUUCAUAUUCAUUGAGGAGAAUUGGGAAUGUAAUUAAUGUAAAUUUGAAAUGCAGUUUUUUGUCACUUUGUACAUGAACAUGUUAUACUAAAGCAUGGGACAUGUCAUCGAUGAUUUAAUUAAAGAAAUACUAAAAAAUGAAUUUGGGAUUUGU